AUGCGCCCUGUACUUGCAGAAGAUAAGUUUCAAAUCGCUUCCCUUGCAAAAAUGAGCAAGAAAAAAAGAACACGAACUAGCUCAGUUGUAACAGCGGAAUCCGUUAUUCAAAGUAACAACAAUUCUUUGAACAAUGGUAUUUAUAAUGCACCACCAACACUUAAAAAGUCAAAGAAAAACAAACAAAACCAGGACAGCCGCACCGAUUUCGAACUCAUUCAAUCAAUUUUUCUUCAGAAACAACCCAAUAGUAGUAAGACUACAAAUAAAAAUUUAGAUGACUUAAGCAUUUCAAAACAAAUCUUUGAUUCACCCGCUAAUUUGUUUGUGCAAAAGUCAAAUUUAAACAAAAUCUUACAUAAAAAAGAAAAUCUUCGCAGUAAAUUUCCAAGUAGAAGAGAAGAUGAGUCAUUAACUGAUUUUCAUAAACGAGUCGACGACACAGCACGACAACUUGAAGUUUCUGAACCAAGCCUGGUAAUCAACGCAAAUCGCAAGAAAAAACUCAAAUUGAAGCGUGAUAAAAAAAAAGAAUUACGUCAAAACAAAAAAGCUGAAAGUGAAGCCAAGGAGAAUGAGUACAAAUUACUUCAUGAAAAGGAAAUUAUUCAAUUUGGAGAAGUUGUGGAACGUCCUCCUGUUAAUUUGAAAGGAUAUAUGCAAAAAAAGUUGAAUCGCUUUCAUGAAAAACAGUUAUUAAGACCAAUUUCCUCUUUAUCUUCGGUUACAGCAGCAAAAUUGAAAAAAAAAAAUGAGCGCAAUGCGCUAUGUAUAAAUAGUAGACAAUCUGACAAUUUUAUAGAGUCGAAACAAAAACGUGAAAUUGAAAAAAUUGAUUUACCCCGUUCUUUUUUAUACAAUACAAAAACGGGAAAUAUUACCUGGGCGGGUAAAAAACAUUUUAUCCCUCAGUGA